AUGGGCGACGUCCUGGGCGACCUGGGCGACAACGCCUCGGAGGGCCGUGCUUCACCACCGUUCGGCGGUCGAUUCUGGGGCCUUCUAGGAGAGGAAGAAGAGGAAUCUACGGAGGGGCAGGAUCCCCUGCCACCGGCGGUUUACCUACGGUCAUCUCCGGAGAUCUCUUCGUCUCCAACGGCCAGGUAUGUCAAGAGGAUCCAGUUUCGAGAUCAACAGCGUCGUGCUGCUUUGCUUCUGUCCGUCUCACCCAGCAGAUCGUGUUCGUCCUCGCCGGAGGGCCACCAGAAAAUGAUGUCUAGAUCUUCUCCGGCCGAAAAAAGUUUGAAGUUCCCUGUCCUAGAGCCGACAGUAUUUUUUCUUCAAGAUUUUGAUGCAUCUGAAUGGGUUACAGUGUAUAGAAAGGAUAAAUGCCGUCGUUUUCGACGUGCUCCUCGUUGUUUUUCCGGCCAAGAGCGCCGUCGUCCUUCUCACCGUGAUCGCCGGAGUCUUCCGAUUGCCGUUAAUCCAGGAUCUGGUGCUUUUGAAUUUGAUGGGCCUCCUAGAUUUCGGAAGGCCAAUGGGCCAGUGCAGGAGGUUGAAUCCAACGGGUCCCAUGGGCAAAGGUCCAGGAGGAUGCCCAGAGGUUUUAGGAGGGUGUCGAUUGCUCGAGGAUUGCCAGAGCCAAUCUCUCGUCAAUCUCUAUCUUUGCCCUCAUCUCGGUGCCUCCCGGCGGCUAGGGUUUUGUCACCAAUGGCUGGGAACAGGCCGGCCGUUCCUCGCGCCGCUAACCCUCCGCCUCGUCCGCUUCGUCAGCCAGUGCUACCCGGUUCUACCCCCAGCCGCGGUGUUGCCGUUGGGACAGAGGCGGCGAGUGGUGUGGCUUCCUCGAAUGCUGCUGCGGGGAAUGGAGGUGUCACACCGGUUGGGAGUGAGCUAGGGCCACAGCCCUCUCGCUUCGAGCAUGGCGGUGGCUCUGGUUCGGCUUCUGGUUUUGGCAGUAGGAGAUAUGAUGGUUUCGAAGUUCACGGAUAUGGCGGCUUCCAGGAAGGGUACUACAAAGGUAAUAAUGGUUAUGGCAAUAGCUACGGUUCUCAGAAUAGGGGUAACUUCAGACCUCGUCCUUACAAUAAUAACAGACAGCAGUGGAAUAGGAAUUUCAAUAACAACUUUCGGGGGACGGGUCGUUUUAACAAUAACAAUAACCGAUAUCAGCGUCGGUUUGAUGUCAAUGAGAAUUCCCAGGGAACAAAUAUUGGUCAGGGUACAGAGGCGUCUGGUUUGGCGCCCUCGGCUUCGGAUGGAGCUGCUGUUGUGGUAAGUCCACAACCUGCUGACAAUGUUUCGGUGGACAGUUCUGGCAUACCAGUAUCCGCCCGUGCUCAGAAAAAGAUUGAUAAGAUGCAGUGCGUAAAAUGUAGUGAGUUUGGGCAUUUUGUUGAUGCUUGUACUGCUGUCCUUUGCAUCUACUGUGAGAAGAUCUCGCAUGAGGCCAAGGACUGUCCUCUCUUGUCUAUGCCUAAACCAGUGGCAAUCACUUAUGGGGUUUCGCGUAAUGAGUUGAUGUUCCAUGAGGUUCCCGCCUCUUCUGAGGUCACCUUUAAGCAUGAUAGUGGCAAAGUUGGUAGCAUUUCUGUAUCUGGAGGAAGUUUAUCUGCAUCUGAGAUCAUUCAUGAGCUGCAGUGGAUUAUUCCGGGGAAUCACCAGUGGAACCUUACUCCCACAGAUGAUGGUGCAUUUAAAGUAAUUUUUCCUUCAAAGGCUGACCUUGCUAGAAUGGUUAAGAUUAUCAAAGUGCCGGUCCCGGGUACCAGUAUGUUUCUUAAUUUUGAUGAAUGGUCCGCGGCUGAUCUGGACAAGUUCUAUGUUACGCCGGUGUGGGUAAGAGUUCAUGGUGUUUGUUACAAGGAGAGGUGUGACUAUUUGUCUUUGUUUGGUGUUGGCUCUCUCAUUGGCAAAACUAAGGAAGUGGACAUGGUGUUCACUAGGGCUCACACCACGGUUAGGAUGCUUGUGGAAGUCACUAGGGCUGAGUUUAUCCCUACUACUACGGUAGAUCAUAUGUAUGAUGGGCAGGGGUAUGGGUUGAUUUUUAAACUUGAGACGGAUAUUAUCACGGAGAAGGCGGAUGUUGUCAUGAAUGAAGCAAACACUGGAGGUGACGCUGGGCAGGACGAGGGGAAGGGAAAGGAAGUGCAGAAGGACAUGGAUAGGUCUUCUGGAGGCGAAACCAAUGCCACACCCGCGGUUAACCAGGAUCCGCCAAAACAAAAUGCUCCUCAAAACAAACAGGUCAAGGGCAACUCUUUGCCUGUGCUGAGGGUCGGUCUCAUUGAUUGUCCAAGUGUUGACAAUAUCCAUGAGAAAUUCUGGUCGGAAAGUAAGCUUACUGGUUUGAUCCCUCGCAAGCUUUGGGCAGAUUGUGAUGUGGACAUUGAUGAUGGGCUGCCGUCGCCCUUGCCUCCUCUGGAUAUGGACCCCUUUAUUCCUCCAAAGUGUACUACGGUGACAGUUUCUACUGCUAUGAUAGAUGAUUUGGAAGGGGAUAUUGGGGUUGGCUGUGCCGUGGCUGAUGGCGCGGCUGACACUUUGAAGGGCUUCAAUGUUGCAGCAGACGACUCGGCAAACAUUUCGAAUGGUAUCUCUGCCGACACAGCCCUUCCGGCAGAGAAACGCUGUGCAACAGAGAAAAUGGUGUUUUCUUCUACCGCACCUGUUUUCAUGGUCUCGGAUAUGCAACAUGUGCCCAUUGGGUUGCCUAGUGCUGGCAGUUUGGAGGGCGCUACAGAUGAUUUUGUUCACAAAGAGAGAGCUGGUACUGGAGUUUUCCUUGGAGGGCGUUUAUCUGUCGAUGAGGUCGUAGCCUAUGGUGGUGUCUCUCCUCCUAUGGUGGGCUCUCGCUCCAGCAAGCGGAUCCUGCAUCAGAGCAAUGCAGAUGCGACGCAGAUGGAACGAGCACAACAAUUGGCUAAGGCUAAAGAGGAAUCAUUAUACUCAGGUUGUUCCGUUGGUUACCCAUUGGAUCCAUAUGUGGUCCUAUAUCCAGCCGGAGGAUGUGCGCCAGGACAUGGAUAUUGGGUGCAGCCGCUUGGCGAUGGUAGCACGGGAUUUCGCGUUCUGAUAGGCGGCUCACAUGAAGAUCUUGUGGCUGCUUAUUUUCCUUUCUGUGUUUAGAUGGCUGGUGCGUGCUGAAACUUUGUGUGAUCCUUGAAUUGUAAUGGCUUUGUAACACUGGUUGCUCAAUAAAUUUAA